UCAUAUAAUAUCCCCACUUCAUUGAAGUUCGGUUUACGUUCUGCUGCAGCAUAAUUUUCCACAAUUCUCCCGAUACACGAAAGAAACGAACAGUAAUUAACAUUAUCAUCAUUGCAUCAGUACCACGGACGUUGUCACAAUAAUCACCUCAAAGGAUAGACCGCUGAAUAAUGAAUAUCGACACUAAGGUAUUGAACUUCUGGAGAAUAAUGGAAAGAGUGAUGACUCGAUAGAGACGUCUAAACCAUUCUAAGAUGUGUAAAACGAGUGAAAAAGGAGUGAGAAAUUGACACUCAUACACAACAACUCUCAUUUGUAACAGUGAUUAUUACAGUAAAAAAGUCAUCAUGGAUUUUGGAGAAUUACUAACUGUGGCGCAGAAGAACAGUGCAAAUAAACAGAGGAGUUCGUACUCAUAUCCAGCUAAAUUUACACCCCCGAAGAAAGAAUCUAAACAAUCGAAAGCAUUGUCUGAUAAUAUCAAGAGAUUUUUGGCGAAAAAGGAAGAGGAGGAACGACAGAAGGCAUUGGAGGAGAAGAGGAAAAAAGAGAAUUUAUUGGCACUACGGGACCACAAAGCCCAAAGUAGAAUAAAUAAGCAUUUGAAAGUAUGUAAAGCGGCCAAUAAAUCAGUGAUCGCUGAUGCCGUAAAUCAUGAAAAUACUGCUGUCACGAUGGCGGGUCCUUCUCAGCCAGAUGAGGAUGACUACGGCUACGUGUCUCAAGAAGCUUCCGCCUUUUACAACAAACUAAUGUCCAAGUAUAGCAAUCUGCCUUCAGAGAAGCCUCUAUUCAGUGAGAGUGGUAAAAAACCAGUGAAAGACAUUGCCUCGACGAAAGAUCGUGUGAAACAGGCCCUGAAACAGCAGGAGCUCGAAGAGGGUAUGCCCCACCGCCGGAAAAGAAAAUCCUCAGGUGCUCCAGACAAAGAUGAUCCACGUGAGAAGGACUAUUCCACCGACAGAGAUCGUGAUCGAGAUCGAUCAGACCGUGUCUCCGAAAAAGAGGACAAACCAAAACCGAAGAAGCGAGCAUCAAUGCCCCCUCCCAUGGACUUUGUGGCACUCCUAAAAUUAGCUGAGAAAAAACAACACGAACCUCUACCCAUCGAAAUCAAACCGAAGCCCAAACUGGAAGAGCCUGAACGCCUCAUGACAAAGCGACAGAUGAAGGAGUAUCAGAAAGAAAGAGAAUGGAAAGAGAAAAAGGAGAGGGCUAAAAACGGAGAAAUACCGAAAGCCCCCACUGCCUCAAUCACCUCAACUUCCUCAACGGACAAAUCAAAUGAUAAAUUCAAUGAUAAGCCCAAACCUGUGCCAAACAGAAUUCCAAAACUUACCAAUGGGAAAAAUUCUUCUUCGAUACUCGAGAGAACUCUCACGAAAUCGAUAAACCCAGUGUCGAAAAAAGUUCCAGAUCGAUUGACUGAGAAACCAUCACCCUCACCUUCGAAAUCAUCGGAGAAAGAUGCGAUUCUGGAGGAGAGGCGGAAAUUGGAAGCUGAAAAACGUGAGAUUGAAAUGAUGAGGAAGAAAUUGGAGGAGGAGAGGAGACUCAUGGGUCUGGGCAAGGGAAAAUCGAAUGAGGAGAGUAGAAACAAAUUAGUGAAAGUUAAUGGAAAAAUGGAGAAGGGAUCGGGAAGUUCAAAGGAUGUUAGACCUAGGCAGGUUCCACCUAGUAGUGUGAAACCUAGGCAGUUUCCACCUAGUGAUGUGAGGUCUAGACAGUUUCCUCCUGGUGAUGUUAAACCUAGACAGUUUCCACCCUCUGAUGUUAGACCGAGACAGUUCCCACCUGGUGAUGUGAGAGGGGCUAGACCCAAUAAUAGACCGAUGAAAAAUGGCAGGCCUAUUAAUAAACGUCGCAUUUUCGAUGAUGAUGAGGAUGAAUAUGACUCGGAGCUCGAUGAUUUUAUUGAUGAUGGACCACAGGAAGGGGCUGAGGAUUAUAGCAAAUAUAUUAGUGAAAUAUUCGGAUAUGAUAAGAGCAGGUACAGCGCUUUAGAUGAUGAUGAUGAUAAUAUGGAGAGCAAUUAUGCACAGCAGUUGAAAGAGGAGUUCGUCUCAACAAAGAUUGGAAUUAUGGAAGAUCUGGAAGAUAUGAAGCAAGAGGCUCUUGAAAAAAAACGUAAAUUACUGCAGAAGAAGAAAGUGAAAAAGUAAUAGUGAAAAUGAAUAUAUAAAUAAAGAGCUUGAUCUAAACGUGAAAUGAUGUUUUCGUCGCCAAAAAAAAAAAUGGGAAAUAUUUUGAUAUUUGGAGGAUUAUCAAUUUUUAUCAUGUGAACAAGAGAUCUAUUUGAUAAAUUAUGUAUGUGAAUAAUUAAUAUUCGAUCAAAUGAUAACUCAAUGCUACUCUUCACAAUUGAAUACGUGUACAUGCAUUUACUGUUCAUACAUCAUUUGUACAAGCACUUGUUUUCCAUUUGAUUUUAAUCACUCAUAUCUUCUCCAGCAAGUCUCAAAAUCAUUAAUUAAUUUAAAACGUAAACUGCCAAGUUCUAUUCCGUGAAUUUAUAAAAAUACAGGUACAAUUAUUGUAUCAAUAAAUGAUAAAGAAUUUUUGUUAUUGUAAACA